CUUCAGGGCUGGUGCUGUAGCCACUGCGCCCCCCAGCUGCCCUUCAAAUAUACCUAGCACAAGUCGGCUUUGCAGGCUCUGUUGGGAACUGCACAAAUAUUUAAGCCCAAGAGCUGGUUCAGAGGUCCUAGCGCAGGGUCACUGGGCUGAGAAGUAAGAGGGACCUUGUCCAGUCCCGUCAUUUCACAGAUGGAGAUGUCGAGGCCCAGGGAGGCUGAGUAAGGGCCAUUCCCCAGUGGGGGCUCCUGGGGUGACCUCUCACUAGAGCCUCAGAUUGCUGCAAGCUGAGAGUCAGAGUCCUACUCAGGAAGACAUACCGAACCCGUUACCAGCCUCAGUUUCCCUAUCUGUAAAAUGGGAGUGAUAAUAGCACUUAUCUUUGGGUUCUUGUGGAGAGCCAGUGACCUAACACAGGAGGAUGUGUGAGUGUAUGAGAUCAUUACCCGCUCUGGUGGGCAGGCGGGGUUGGGAGAGCAGCCCCAGCAGCUCCCCAGUGACCCAGGUGCUGGGCUUUUCCCAGGGCGCCCUUCCAGCCCCCUGACCUUGCCCCUGAGUUCCCCCUCUCCCUCCCCCUCCUCCUCUGAGUUGACCUGGUUCUGGGUCUCUCCCCCAGCCAUGAACACCGUUCUGCUCAGCAACCUCUUCUCCCUGCCGAGGAUCGUCUAUGCCAUGGCCACCGAUGGACUCUUCUUCCAGGUGUUUGCCCGCGUGCACCCCAAGACCCAGGUGCCGGUCAUCGCCAUUGUCGUGUUCGGGAGCCUCAUGGCGCUGCUGGCCCUGAUCCUAGACCUGGAGGCCCUGGUCCAGUUCUUGUCCAUCGGGACGCUGCUGGCCUACACCUUUGUGGCCGCCAGCAUCAUCGUGCUUCGCUUCCAGAGAGCCCCGGCCCCCAGCUCGCCCCCGGGCCCAUCCAGCCCAGGCCCGCCCUCCAAGCAGUACGAGUCCUUUUCUGACAGGCUGCAGCUGGUGGGGGCCACCCAGGCCGAGGUGGCCGAGCCGGGCCAGCUCAAGCUAGCCUGGCGGCCCUACCUGCCCUUCCUGAGCACCCGCUGUGGCUCGGGGGCCUCUGUCACCUGGGCCCUGGCGGGCCUCAUGGUGUCCGCCUUUGGGCUCAGCGGCGUGCUUCUCUUUGGGGAUUCCCCGCUGCACCUGCCCCGAUGGUGCUCCAUCUUCCUGCUGGUUCUCGGCAGCCUGGUCUUUCUGUUCAGCCUUCUCCUCCUCGGGGCCCAUCAGCAGCAGCCAAGCCAGGACACUUUCCAGAUCCCUUGGGUGCCCCUGACUCCAGCCCUCAGCAUCCUCCUGAACAUCUGUCUCAUGAUGAAACUGAGCUAUAUGACCUGGCUGCGCUUUGCUGUCUGGUUGCUGCUAGGACUUGGCGUUUACUUUGGCUAUGGAAUCAGGCACAGCAAGGAGAACGUGCAGGACCCUCCGGGUUCAGGCACUGCCCGCUACGUGGUAUUCCCUAGCGGGAGCCUGGAAGGGACAGUGGAGACGGUGCAGCCCCCCAGCCAAGAAACCUCAGGACCUCCCCCCAGCGCCAACAGCCCGGGGAGCAGCAGCUGACGCCCACCACGCGGUUCGGAACGGCCCUCACUGCCAGGGGCUGGCGGGCCCGGCCCCUCCUCCCCCGACCCUUCCACCUCUCUGCCAGCAUCCUUGGAGCCUCCUUCUGAGCCGGAAGGAAGAAUACUGAGGGAGACGGUGUCCUCGUCUACCCACCUUCCCUGCCCUUUCCCGGGGCCCCUACAACAAGCCACUCUGGAAGUGGCCCAGAGCUGUCUGUCUCUAGGACAUGGGGGGGGGGGGCGGAGGGCCAGAGGGAGCACCCAGAGGGGUGCCCUUGCUUGCAGUGAGUCACGUGGGCCUGCGAGGGCCCAGAAGGUGAGCAGGAGUUUGGAGAGCUUGAAGGUGACUGAUGAGCAGCAGUCAGACGCUUUUUUUGCUGGUGCUGUACACCAUUUAGACAGCCGUCACCCGACAUUGGGCUAAGGGGAAAAUAUUAAUAACGAUACCAACGA